AUGGUUAAAGAUAAAUCAAUUGCAAUUAAAAAAGCAGCACAAGCACAAUCUAGAGCGACUCCAACUACUCCAGCUACUACAGUAGUACAACCUGUUUCAACAACUUUUCAUGAAUUGCAAUCUGCUAUAAAUACAACUUUUAAAGAUUACUUCAGAAAUUUAACACCAAGAACUAAAUUGAUUGAUUUAUUUUUAUUGUUUUUGGUAUUAUUAGGUGUAUUACAAUUUAUUUAUGUUUUAUUAAUUGGUAAUUUUCCAUUCAAUGCAUUUUUAGGUGGUUUUAUAUCUUGUGUUGGUCAAUUUGUUUUAUUGGUAAGUUUAAGAUUACAAAUAAAUGAUGAAACAAAAGAAGGACAAGUAGAAGGUGAAGAAGAUUCAAAAAUAUUCAAAUUUAUUUCUCCAGAAAGAUCAUUUGGUGAUUUUAUAUUUGCUAGUUUAAUUUUACAUUUUAUAGUUAUUCAUUUUAUAAAUUAA